AUGGGGAACUCAAACAGUCUUCCAGGCCGCUCCUGCUUCUUGUCCGCUGUUGGAAACAACACUGAUCUCGUUGACUUUCGGGGUGAUAUCCUGUACGAAAUCCGCGGCUUGCCGUCAUACAAUCUUGCCUGUCCUGUCCUUCCAUCGGUGAUUACCUAUCCCAAGACGACGCAACAGGUUGCUGAGAUUGUACGUUGUGCUGCUGAGUCGAACUACAAGGUUCAAGCGUACAGUGGAGGCCACAGCUAUGGAAACUAUGGCCUCGGUGGAGUUGACGGCAACGUUGUCGUCGACCUGAAGAAUUUCCAACACUUCGACAUGGACCCGAACACUUACGUCGCUACUAUCGGUGCCGGUACACACUUGGGGGAUGUUCAGGACCGUCUGCUACACUCAGGGGGACGAGCGAUGGCUCACGGCUCCUGUCUUCAAGUCGGCGUUGGUGGUCACUUCACCAUCGGUGGUCUCGGCCUUAUGUCUCGGCAAUGGGGAACAUCCUUGGAUCACGUUGUGGAGGCGGAGGUAGUUCUGGCCAACUCCAGCGUCGUAACUGCAUCGGAUACCCAGAACCAAGAUGUGUUUUGGGCUGUGAAAGGCGCGGCUGCAAGCUUUGGAAUCGUCACUCAAUUCAAAGUUCGCACUCAUCCUCUUCCCAAAGCCGCUCUGCAGUACACGUACCUUUUCAGUCAGGGCGGCGUGCUUGAUAGAGUCAAACUCUUCCUCGACUGGCAGUCUCUCAUCGCGAAGCCAAAUAUCACUCGCAACUACUCCUCCCAGCUGACAAUCUUCCAGGAUGGUAUUCUGAUAUUAAGCAGCUUCUUUGGCACUGAAGAGGAGUUCCGGGACUUCCAACAAGAGAACAAUCUGCCGUUCCAGAGCAUGGGAAACGUGGCAUAUAUCACCAGCUGGCUGUCCUUGAUAGCACACACGGCUGAAGACUACCUGAUUCAGAUCUUCGGUAGCUUGCUUACAUCCUUCUAUUCCAAAUCAGUGUCCUUCACCGCUGACCAAUUGUUCGACGAACACGCUCUGGUCGCCUUGUUCACAUACCUCGACUCGGCACCCAAGGGCACCGAGGCAUGGUGGAUCAUCUUCAACUUGGAGGCUGGAGCCACUAACGACGUUCCCAUAGACGCGACCGCCUAUGUUCACCGCGACGCGGUGAUGUGGAUGCAGUCCUAUGCCGUCGUCGGAUUUGAGCCCCCGAGCUACAUCGCCAAGCGCUUCCUCAACCGUCUUCACGAUGUUAUUCUCGGUAAUCGGCCUCCGGGCCCCCUGCGCUCUUAUCCUGGGUAUGUGGACCCGUUCAUGAAAAAUGGACAGAUGGCGUACUGGGGAACGAACCUGCCGCGCCUUCAGGAUAUCAAGACUCGGAUUGAUCCGAAAGACAUCUUCCACAAUCCACAGAGUGUUGCUGUGAACCCGGCGAAUAAAUCGACUGUGCGCCGUGAGCGGUGGACUCUUUGA